CAAUGAAGCCGGUGCUGUUCCUGGCUACUCGCAACACUCGACUCCACAGUUGCCCAGCACCAACGGAUCGAUUAGCUAGCUACCAUGGACAGAAAGGUGUGCAUCUUCCUAGUAAUCCUCGUGCUAGCUGUGCUCGCUGGCCCGGGCGCGAAGGCGGCGGCGCUCGACAGUGGCACUGGCCGCAUCGACGCGGGUGCGGCGGUGCGACAACUGAUGUCGGCGUCGCAUUCGUCGUCCAUGAAGCUGGACGACGGAGUGGUGCCGGAGCUCGCGGUGGCGUCGGUGGUGGACCUGGAGGUGCACCGCCGCAUCCUCGCCGGCGCACCGGUCAGCCCGGGAGCCCUGAAUCCCAACAAGGGAGUCUGCACCAGGAGUGGUGGGUGCGGGGGGAAGGGAAAUCCGUACACUGGCCGGGGAUGCAACCCAUAUAACUUCUGCCCGCCAAAGUGAACGGAGCGACACUGCGUACGGACGGGCGUCAAUGCAGCAUGUUUCCGGCGAUCCAUCGAUCCAUGUUCUGUUUCCGGCGAUCGGUGUACGUGCUUUCAUGGCUGCACUUGGGGCUCCAUCCAUCCAUGUUCUGUUUCCAUUUCCAUUCGGCAUUUCAGUACUGUCGUUGCUAGAGCUAUAUAUCUUGAAGCAACAUUUUCUAAACGAAACUGAUGAGAAAGACGUACCCUCCGUAUGGACCGUGGUAUGCGCCCGGCCGGCAGGAGAGCUCCUCUGUGUAGUACUGCGUGUGUGCAUGUGUACCUCCAUGUAUGUGUUCGAGUCAUUGUGAGAAAUAAAGACAAGAUACAUGUGUUUGUGCGCCA